AAUAGGUGGACACAAAAUUUCUGCCUCGACGCUCCGCUGGAUCACACCCCCGCAAAAAAAAAGAAAAAAAAGAAAAAAUACCGGAACCAUGUUUGGCCACUGUCCAUGUUUACCGCACGGACAUUUGUUACAGACGGACGCAAUGUUGGACCACUGAAAGUAUUGCCAAUAACGACAGGGGAGCGACUGUGCCGAUGCACCUGUUGCCGGCGACGCUCGCCGUGGGAUCAGCAGACUUGUCGCGCACGUCGCAAAGCGCUGACGCUCGGGAGGAACAAGACAAGAACGGAUCGAUCGGCCUCGGAGAGACGGACGGCGAUGACGCCAGCGCGCUUUCCGUUUCGAGGUCUGCGUCCACCGCCCGCUCUUCCCUGAUUGGCCAGCCUGAGGACGGCCCCCUCCGGCGCCAACCAAUAGCAGCCGCCCCAUCUGUGCCCCGGCGCUCUUAAAGCACCCUGGCGCCUUCAAUGGAGACUUCCUCUCUCUCUCUCUCUCUCUCUCUCUCUCUCGCUCUCCCUUUCUCUCCGUCUGCUGAAGCUGCAUCGCUUCAUCCGUCUGCCUCUUCAUCCCUCGCUUCUCGCGUUCUUCCUCUUCUUCUUGUCCCUCCCGAGCAGCUUGCAGGAGUUUGUCGGGGGGACGGGAGGGAAGACCCGGGAGCACCUGACGUGUGCGAGAUGAUGCGGACACUUGGGAAGUGAUCUCCAGCUUGCACCCUUCGCUUCCCUCCUGCUUUUUUCUUGCUUUGUUUCCUUUUCUUUUUUUACUCUCCUCCUCCUCCUGCUCCUCCUCCUUCUUCUGCUGCUGCAACAUCAGGAAUGCUUAACGUGGGCUGAUGGAGGUUUCCGACGUGCGCAUCCCCGACCCGCUCUGCUAUCAUAACCAGCUGCUAAGUCGAAUGCCCUCGGAGGACCGCCACCUGUCGUCCAGCUGCGAAUCUUACGUGAAAACCGAGCCGUCCAGCCCGUCGUCGUCGCUGGUGGACACGGGCGGCCGCCACAGCCCCAGCGGCAACUCGGACGCCAGCGGCGGGUACGUCAACGCGGGCGCGGGAGCGCGUUCGCACGGCUUGGACUCGCCGCCCAUGUUCAACCCCGGCCUGCACGGGAUGGGAGGAGGCGGAGCCUGUCUGCGUCGCUACGACGACCGCUCCGGAGGCCCGGCGGACGAGUCGGCCGUCAAGUGCGAGUACAUGCUGAACGCCAUCCCCAAGAGGUUGUGCCUGGUGUGCGGCGACGUGGCGUCGGGUUACCACUACGGCGUGGCGUCCUGCGAGGCCUGCAAAGCCUUCUUCAAAAGGACCAUACAAGGCAACAUCGAGUACAGCUGCCCGGCCACCAACGAGUGCGAGAUCACCAAACGGAGACGCAAGUCGUGCCAAGCCUGUCGCUUCAUGAAGUGUCUCAAAGUGGGCAUGUUGAAAGAAGGUGUACGUUUGGACAGGGUGAGAGGGGGCCGUCAGAAGUACAAACGGAGGAUGGACGUGGAAAACGGCGGCUACCUCGGUCUCAACAUUCCGCCGCCGGCUAAGAAGCCUUUGACCAAAAUCGUGUCGCAUCUGUUGCUGGUGGAGCCCGAGAAGAUCUACGCCAUGCCCGACCCCAGCGUGCCCGACGGCGACAUCAAGGCCUUGACCACGCUGUGCGACCUGGCCGACCGCGAGCUCGUGGUCAUCAUCGGCUGGGCCAAACAUAUCCCAGGCUUCUCCACGCUGUCGCUGGCCGACCAGAUGAGCCUCCUGCAGAGCGCCUGGAUGGAGAUCCUGGUGCUGAGCAUCGUGUUCCGCUCGCUGGCCUGCGAGGACGAGCUGGUCUACGCCGAGGACUACGCGCUGGACGAGGGGCAGGCCAGGAGCUCGGGCCUGCUGGACCUGCACGUGGCCAUCCUGCCCCUGGUGCGGCGCUUCAAGAAGCUGCGCGUGGACAAGGAGGAGUUCGUCACGCUCAAGGCCAUCGCGCUCGCCAACUCGGACUCCAUGCACAUCGAGAACAUCGAGGCGGUCCAGAGGCUCCAGGAUUCCCUCCACGAGGCCCUUCAGGACUUUGAGGGCUGCCAGCACCCGGAGGACCCUCGGCGGGCGGGCAAGCUGCUCAUGACGCUGCCCCUCCUGCGGCAGACCGCCACCAAGGCGGUGCAGCACUUCUACAGCGUCAAGAUGCAGGGCAAGGUGCCCAUGCACAAACUCUUCCUGGAGAUGCUCGAGGCCAAGGCUUGACAGCGGGUGGGCGGGGCCUACGCCGUCGACAGACAGCUGACG